AUGCACAUAUUAUCAUCUUCCGCAACAACCACGUUUAAUAAAAGCUCAAUCAUGGCUCCAGCCCUUGUUCCUUUUUUGAUCAUUUUUCUUAACUUUCCGGUUAUCAUUUCAACGUAUCAUACACCCCAUUUGUGUACCGACGAAAACAGCCUCCUCUUGAUCCAAUUCAGGCAAAGCUUCAAAUUUAAUAAAGGAGCUUCAUACAUGUGCAAAGAACUUGACAAACCUUCUUAUCCAAAGACAAAAUCGUGGAACAGAAGCACAGACUGUUGUAUGUGGGAUGGAGUAACCUGUGAUGAGGUAAGUGGUGAAAUUAUUGGUUUAGAUCUUAGCUGCAGCCAGCUUCAAGGAUCCAUCAAUUCCAACAGCACCAUUUUUCAUCUAUCUCAUCUUCAAAGCCUUGACCUUGCUCACAAUGACUUCAUGUCAUCCCCGGUACAUAGCAAUUUUGCCGGCUUUCGGAGGUUGGCGCACCUUAACCUCUCCGACUCUGUUUUUUCAGGUUCAGCUCCAUUAGAACUCUCGUACAUGCUCAAUUUAGUGACCCUUGAUCUCUCAUUGAACGAGAACAUUACAGUUGAACCGCAAGUUUUUGAAUUGUUACUUCAAAAUUUAACUCAUUUAAGAGAAUUGUCAUUGGAGGCUUGCGGAGUUAAUUCAAAGCUGCCUCGUAAUCUCUCUGCUUCCGUGGAAAUCCUGAAUCUUGCGUCGAAUGGACUCUUUGGAGACUUUCCAGGAGAAAUUUUUCAGCUACCAAAGCUGCAAGUGAUUUCGCUAUCCGCCAAUCGUCUCAGCGGCAGAUUACUAAAGGUAAACCAGAAUAUUAGCAGCGCACUUCACAUACUUGACUUGUCUUACAAUAAUUUUUCUGGAGGAGAAUUGCACGAAUCUGUUGGAAACUUGAAAUCUUUUAACUUUUUGGUCCUCAAGGAUUGUAACUUUUCUGGCCCCAUUCCCGAAUCCUUUGGAAAUCUCACGGAAUUGGAGGGUAUGUACCUUAGUGGAAACAGUUUCACCGGACAUUUGCCACCAAGCAUUGGAAAUCUUGAACAACUCGCAGUCCUACUCCUUUAUUAUAACAGGCUUGAAGGCCAAUUGCCCGAUAGUUUAAGUAAUCUUAAAAGCUUAACUAACUUAGAUAUCCGUUCAAACCUUUUCAAUGGUUAUUUUCCGUCCACAAUCUUUAACCUAACUAAACUUGAACAUUUAGACUUCUCAGACAAUUCACUCAAAGGUCCUCUGCCUCCCAACAUUACUGGACUUCCAAACCUAUCUUAUCUUGACUUAUCCUACAACUCAAUCAAUGGUACAAUACCAUCUUAG